UUGAAGACACUGCGAAGGAAUGUGGCCCUAUGUUUUCCAGAUGGAUCAUCAAAAGUGCUCUCCCCGCAGCAAGAGUACACAUUCUAUGAUGAGGCGGUCUUCCUGUGCACACACUUCUUUGUCAAUGCGAAGGGCAGUAAAACAACACACGUGUAUCUCUGGGCCGGCGCUUCGGCAUUCGAGACCACAGUUGAAGCGGCAAACAUCAAUGCUAAGCGCAUCGCACGUGAGCAUGGCUCUGCACCGAUAUCUAUCGUGAGACAGGGCCAGGAGCCGUCUACGCUUCUUGAAGCACUGGGUGGCAUCCUGAUCACUCGGCGCGGAUCUCCCGAGACUGCACCAAAACAGUUUAUGCUUUGCGGUCGCAAGCACGUGGGUCACAUCGUGUUCGAUGAAGUCGACUUUAGCAUCGAAUCUCUGUGUGCCGGAUUUGCAUACCUCAUAUCUUAUCCAGUCACACUGCAAGAGACGAAGCUCUAUCUAUGGAAAGGUUCGGCCUGCUCGACGGAAGAACUUUGCGGAGCCAGACUAGCUGCCAUGGACCUGAGUGAAACUGGAGAAAUUAUUGAGGUGGAUGGCGGAGUGGAGUUUCCAUCCUUUCUAAAGAUCUUUGGCGCGAAUACCAAGAAGUGGAACGUGCCAAAGCCUUCUGUGUUCUGGCAACAGAAGGCAGCAGCGCCAGACAAAUUCCACAACAGGCUUAUGAAAAUCGGCCAAGCAGAAACUUCUACCGGCCUUCUCAGUGCGCUUUGGAACCGACGGCCGAGCUGGAACAGCUUGUCACCUGCUCGAUCUCCUUCAACACCAAAGGAAGCGGUCAAAGUCGAGGUCAGAGACCUUGUCCCAUUCGCGCAAUCACAACUCGAGGCAGAAGGUCUUUACCUGCUCGAUGGUCACUGCGAGCUUUACUUGCUGGUCGGACCUCUAUUCGCUUCACAGCCACCGAAUACUCGUAACAAGAUUCUCGGUCAAGCAUUACUGUUCGCCUCCGAUUAUGCCGUUAUGUCGGCCUCAAUGGAGGAGCGAGUUUCCAUACCAAAAUGUUGGGUAGUCUUUGCUGGCGUACCUCGCGAUGUCAAGAUGUUGUUCAGGCAUUGGGAUGACAGCCAAGGACUUUGGGGAACGGCCAGUCUACUGGCAGGAGAAAGAGCUAGUUCAGGGAGAGAAGUCAAUGCAUUGGAACUUGAAGAGGUUUUGAACGAGGUCUGCCGGGACAACACUGACCUCGAAUUGACGGUCUAGGUGCGAAUUUUGCGGAAUUCUGAGCGUUCUCGCACAUGCAUAGAUUCAAGGCGCUUAGAAGUGACCAGACUUAUUGUAGACGAAUCCCAAUGCGGUCGUGGAAAACGCAUCGCUUGGCUGUCUCUGAUUCAAUGUAACACUUACUCUUGUG